CACCUUCAUUUUUUCUCCUUUCAUGAAAAACCUCACCGGGCGUCAUGAUAGUUUAUGCGAUAAUAAUUUUGGCUUAUGGAGUGUCAGCACUCAAUAUGACAGAGGAGAAGGCAGCAUGUCCCCUUGGAUAUUUUCCAUGUGGAAAUCUGUCCAUGUGCCUCCCGCAGCUCCUUCAUUGCAAUGGCUUUGACGACUGCGGAAAUCAAGCUGAUGAGGAGAACUGUGGGGAUAACAAUGGAUGGCCUCAUCUUUUUGACAACUAUUUUGGAAUGCCCAGCUACAACAGUGGUGUACACAAGUCCAAAGUAUGCCUGCUGGGUGUCAUUCCUGAGCUGUGCCUGUGCCAAGACCUGGAGGUGGACUGCGAUGGCAUGGAGCUUCAAGAUGUCCCGGUGAUAGCUGUGAAUGUCACCAUGAUGUCCCUACAACAGAAUGAGCUUCAGAAACUGAAAGAAAACAUGUUCUUCAAGUAUCAAAGUCUGCAGAAACUAUAUCUCCAACACAAUAGGAUUGAAGAUGUGAGUCCUGAUGCGUUCAGAGGGCUGUUUAAUUUAACACGGCUAUAUCUGAGUGACAAUAAGAUAAGUGUCUUGAUGCCGGGUGUGUUUCAGGAUCUGCACAAGCUGGAGUGGCUGAUCAUUGAAAAUAACAACAUCCAUCAUAUAUCUCCACUGACGUUUUCGGGAUUGUACUCCCUGGUUUUGCUGGUUUUGUUGAACAACUCUUUGACAAAGCUAGGUGACAUCUGUCGGGAAAUGCCAAGACUGAACUGGCUGGAUUUGGAGGGAAAUCUCAUUGAAUCCAUUGGUAACGUGUCAUUCCGGUCAUGCCAUAUGCUGACAGUCCUUGUUCUCCAGCGUAAUAGAAUCAGUUACAUCCACGAGGAUGCUUUUUCGGUUCUUCAGAAACUUGGGGAACUAGAUCUCUCCAGCAACAAACUAACGAUGAUCCCUCCGAAUCUUUUUGUCUUACUGGGAGAUUUGCUCCAACUGAACAUAUCAUACAAUCCAAUCAUGGAGCUCCAGGUUAACCACUUUGACCAACUGCAUAAGCUGAAAUCAUUGAGCAUAGAAGGAAUAGAGAUUGGAAACAUACAACGGCGAAUGUUUGAACCCCUUAAGUACUUAACUCAUAUUUACUUCAAAAAGUUCCAGUACUGUGGCUAUGCUCCUCAUGUGCGUAGCUGCAAGCCCAAUACUGAUGGCAUCUCGUCUUUUGAGGACUUGCUGGCCAACAUUGUUCUGAGGGUCUUUGUCUGGGUAGUGUCUGCCACCACCUGCUUUGGCAACAUCUUUGUCAUCUGCAUGCGAUCGUACAUCCGCUCAGAGAACAAGCUUCAUGCCAUGUGCAUCAUCUCCCUCUGCUGUGCAGAUGGGCUGAUGGGCAUCUAUCUCUUCAUGAUUGGUGCGUAUGACCUCAAGUUCCGUGGCGAGUACAACCGACAUGCUCAGGCCUGGAUGGACAGCAGUCAGUGUCAGGUCAUUGGCUCAUUGGCCAUGUUGUCCACUGAGGUAUCUGUCCUCCUUCUCACUUACCUCACUCUGGAAAAAUACAUCUGCAUCGUCUACCCUUUCCAAUACUUGACACCUGGAUGGCGGAGAACUGUAACCAUCCUUCUCGGGAUAUGGGUGUUUGGCUUUGUUGUUGCCUUCCUGCCACUGGUCUGCAAAGGGUUAUUCCGCAAUUUCUAUGGAACCAAUGGUGUUUGCUUCCCCUUGCACUCUGAGCAACCUGAGACACUGUGGGCUCAUGUGUACUCCAUCAUCAUAUUUCUCGGUCUGAACUUGGUGGCAUUCCUCAUCAUUGUUUUAUCCUAUGCAAGUAUGUUUUAUAACAUCCAAAGAACAGGAACACAGACGACCAAAUACAGUAACCACAUCAAGAAGGAGGUGACCAUUGCCAAAAGGUUCUUCUCCAUUGUCAUUACUGACUCCCUUUGCUGGAUCCCAAUUUUCAUCCUCAAGAUCUUAUCACUACUGCAGGUGGACAUUCCCGGGACUAUCUGCUCCUGGGUGGUCAUAUUUAUCCUCCCAAUCAACAGUGCCCUGAACCCCAUCCUUUACACACUAACCACGCGGCCUUUCAAAGAGACCAUCCUGCAGGUGUGGGCCAACUACAGGCAGCGGAGGCCACUGAUGAGCACACAGCCAAGUCUUCACCCGUUGGUCAUGUGGCAGGAAAUGUGGCCCCUCCAGGAGAACAGCCACAGCCUCACCCUGGACCAACCACUCCAUGCAACAGGAAUCAAGAUCCCUUCUGUGGAUAAACACACAGAAACAGAUGAUGGCAUGCACAAAAGAACUCAUCUAUUAGCAUAAUAUGGACCAAUUCAUAAUGUGAUAAAUGAUUAAUCUCAGUAAUUCCGUGUGUUGCAGGGUAAGUCAUGUUAGCAUUUAAAAAAGCGUCAUCUUUACCACCCCAGACCUGUUGGUGGUGCUGUACUUUCUUUUGCUUUGACUCAUCCUGAAACUUUGCAAGCAUUAACCAUGUCGUUAGAUGGAAUUCAAUUUAUUCUGAUUUGUGAACAUGGACA